AUGCGUAAUAUUCCUUCGAUGGAGGAAGUAGCAGAACCAAAGGAGAAGACAAUGGAAGACGAUGAGAACUCGUUUGAAUUUGCGGAUUUCCAGGCUGAGGGUUUACCCAUAAACCUUAACUGGGAUAGAACUGAGUGGCUUCUCGCGAUUGGUAGACUUGAAGGUAGGAGGGCGAAGAGAAAGAAGAGAACGGGGACGAGGUCGCUUCCAUUAACGCUUCAUCCUCAGCCUUCUAGUCAACCGGAGAAGCCAAUUACCAAGACCCACAGUAGUUGCAGUGGGUUAAGGAGGAAGUCUAGAUCACCUGCUGAUGAUCCUGAAUGGACCGAACAAAAGAAGAAGACAACAAGGGAAGGCAGCUCAGAGAAGCGGCAACCUAAGGCUGAUCAUAGUGAUGAUGAUGAGGUAAUUCAUGAUUUACCUGAACGAUUCGAGAAUUUAAUAUUGGGAGAGAUGAAAGGGAGUGAGCCUGUGUUGGUGAUACAAAAGAAGUUGAAGUACACAGACAUAAAACGUGAUGCGAGUAGAUUGUCGAUUCCAUUGAAGCAAGUAAAGACUGAGUUCUUGACUCCAGAAGAGAAGAUAUCUCUGAACGGGAAUAACAAAAAGUCAGUGGUUAUUAUUGAACCAUCACUUGAGGUAUCAAACAUUAAUUUCACAAGGUGGGAGAUGAAGAAGGAUAAUGGGAAAAGCAGCUUCUCUUAUGUUUUCCUCACAGAAUGGACGAAUCUUAGGAUCAGGAACAAUCUCCGCGAAGAUGAUCUGAUUCAAAUUUGGUCUUUUCGUGUUCAAGGGACGCCAAGUUUUGCUCUCGUUAGGGUUAGUGAUAAUUAA